CCGAGCAGCUCCUGCGGACGUACGGCGGGAUGUCCCAGGAGAACCCCGGAGUGUGCGGGGCGCCCGUGGAGUGCGCGGCGCCGGUGGAGAGCGCGGAGCCCCCGGAGCCCGAGGCCCAGCCCCCCCUGGAGAAAACCAGCGACUACUACCGCGUGGACAAGGACCUGCCGGCUCGGUUCAACCACCCCGCGUGCUUCCGGGGCUACAGGAGGACCAAGGAGCCCCCCUCAGUGUACAGGACCAGUAACCAGACCUACGGGAGCAGGGCGCCCACCGUGCACGAGAUGCCGAAAGCGUUCUACGCAUAUUCAAAUAGCUUCUCCAGACAACUGGCGGCUGCGGGAAUGUUCCGGAACACUUCUUUCAACGUCCACGUGGAGAAGAGCUCCGUGUCAGGCGCCGACAACUGCAUCACCUCCUACAACCGGCUGAACUUCCACCCCAGCUACAACAUCCGCAGG